AUGUGCGGUAGUCAGGGUAAAGAUUGGUUUCCAUAUAAUCGCUCACCCUAUUGGGGACGAUUGCCGACAGUUGUUGGGAAGGUUGAACCUGGUUCAACUUUUCUGAUUGUGUUGCAGAUGCAGAUGAAUCAGGGAGCAAUGCUAGCUGCCCUGCGCAAUUGGGAAAGAACCCCGAUUGUGUACCUUCAGAGGGGUGGAUUUAGCUCAGAAGAAGUUGCAGCAUAUAUAGCCUUGAUAGGAGUCCUCUCAGUGUUUGCGCAGACAUUAUUAUUAAGUUUUCUGAUGAAAAACCUAGGUAACAAACAUACUAUUAUGUUUGGAUUGUCGUUCCAAUUAGCUGAGCUAGCCUGGUAUGGAUUCGCAUCGCAGGAUUGGAUGUUAUGGGGAGCAGGAACGAUAGCAGCCAUGUGCAGUGUAACGUACCCCUCCGUUAGUGCAUUAAUAUCCAAAAAUGCAGAGCCUGAUCAACAAGGUGUUGUACAAGGGAUGGUGACCGGUAUACGAGGUCUUUGCAAUGGACUUGGACCUGCCUUAUUUGGUUUCAUAUUUUACAUAUUUCAUGUGGACUUAGAUGACGUUGGAGAUGACUUCGGGGACACCGAGUCAAAAACUCAGCUGAAACCUCCUGCAUAUGCAACAAUCGUCCCAGGACCGCCGUUCCUUUUCGGUGCUUGUUUGGUGCUCGUAUCGCUGCUGGUUGUAUAUUUUGUCCCAGUGCAUACAGAAAAUAACACCUUGCCCGUUCAUUCACCGAAACAUCUACGAAGCGAUAUUGAGGAAUCAAGUGAUGCGGCGAUGAUCUCCGAUUAUGAGAUGGUUGAGAAGGAACCAUUAAUGCUGAUCCAGUCAUGAUAUUGAACUUUGGAAUAAUUUUAUGCUGAACCUACACUAGCUAAGGUUGGAUUUAACCGGCAUGGAGGUAAUGUUCUCCUCAACCUUGUGUAUCUAAUGCUUGUAGCAUUUUGGAGCAAGGGAAAAAAAAAAAGAUCCAAAUAAACCUGAUGUAGAUCUUGCAGCCCUUACUACUAUGCUACAGUGUCACGUGGGAGGUAAGGCUUUACUGAGGAAACAUUUUGGAGAAAACAUGUUGCCGUACAUUGUGCUACCCAAAAAGGCCUCAUGCCACCACUAAAAUCAUAGAUUAAUGCACACUUUACAUUCAAAGAGAUGUUUCCUCUUUUAACACUCUGACCGCCAAACACGAGAUCUCCGUGUUUGGUAACGCAACGCUUGACUGUCAAAAUGGAGAUCUGUGUUUCAAGUUUUUUUUUUAACCAAUUCCGAUAGAUGGGGUAAUUACCGACAUGUACUAACAAUGUGAACACUAUAUUUAGUCUGGACUGUAAGUGUUCGCUAUUUGAAUGUGACCUAUAGUGACCUCAUAUUGCACGUCGAUACUGAAACGUGGUUGUCUCACAAAAGUGAGUCGCAUUCAUUUUACUGUUACGGGUCACAGAUUGUGAUUAGAAUAAAGUGUUUCAGUGGUACCAUUGUAAAGCUAAGA